AGCUAACUGCAAGCGACAAAAACCACUUCAAAAAGUUGUCUCAUUUCAAAGAAAACAGAGCGUCGCCAGCGGCAUCACCAUUACGUUUGAGCUUCUCCUCCUCAUCUUCUUCCUCACUUCACUCCUCUUCACGUUCUCAUUGCUCUCUCUCUCUCUCUCUCUAACAUGAAGAAAUUACCCACAAAUCAGUACCAAUACUCCCUCACAAUGAGCUCCUCUUCCUCUUCAUCACCUUCAUCGGAGUCUCUCUCGGCUCUGGCUGUUUUCAGAAACAUCCUCAACCAAGGUAUUGUUAACCCUUUUGCGUACAAACCCCCCGCAUUCUCUUUGUCUCUACUACGUACGUACCCUCUUUUCUGCGCAGAGCUAAUAAGAAGUGUUCAUGCCUAUCGAGAUAACGGAGGGGGGGAGGGUAGCUGGACCGAGAGGGAGUUCAUGCUCUUGCCCGAUGACUGCAUCGAGAUUGGAGCUGACCCGGUGAUCGUCAUUGGUCGACAGCCGCGGGGGAGGUUUCAGGAAGGGGAGAGGAUUGGCUUCUGGCUGUGUAUGUUCGUCUUCGAUUCGGCUGAUGUUGUGUCGUCCUCGUUGUCGAUUCCUUCGAUGCUCUGCUUAUCAAGAAACCCGCAACUGAAGUCUAUACCAAAUUUAGCGAAUGACCUGCGGAAGGUUUAUCUCUUAAUGUCCAGAACAUACAAAGAUGAGCCAUUGAACUUUGGUAACGAAGAAACUCGCAAGGAGAAAGAAGAGGAAUCCUCUACUUCUAGUGGAAAUGACUCCUCUUUUCUCGAAGAUCAGCAAGUUGUUACGAAUCAACCAAAUGAUCGAUUUCUGCCAGAACUGGGAUCUUCGGCAAAGAAGAGGAGAGCCCCAACAGAUCGCGUAGCCAACAUUUCUUUAUCCGAUCUCGCCAAACAUUUUAACCUACCGAUGACAGAAGCUUCGAGAAAUCUUAAGAUUGGACUGACUGUACUGAAGAGGAAAUGCAGAGAAUUCGGCAUACCUCGUUGGCCACAUCGAAAAAUAAAGUCUCUUGAUACGUUGAUACAAAAUAUCCAGGAGGAGGUGGGUCGACAGGAGAAAGAUAACGAAGCUGCGGCGGUGAAGGCUGCUACGAAGAGGCAGCAGAUGCUGGAGAUGGAGAAAGAGGGCAUCAAGAAUAGUCCCAUCAAGGAGUUGCAGAAAGAAACCAAGAGAUUCAGGCAGGAUGUUUUCAAGAGAAGGCACAAGGCUAAAGCUCAGAGUAAGAUGCCUCAAUAAUCAGCUCCUUAGGAUCCACAAACUG